AUGGUGAAAAAGCUCGGUCAGUGGCUCCCACAUACAUUGAGCGACGGCAACCGCCAAAGACAUCUGGACAUCUGCACUCAGCUGCUCUCCAGAAGCCGCAGAUCCAAAUUGCUGGGCGCCAUCGUCACUGGAGAUGAAGAAUGGGUCCUCUACGUCAACCACACCCACAAACGUGAGUGGUGCGCUGGCGAUGAAAUGCCGGAUCCUUUCGUGAAAGGUGAAAUCCAUGAGAAGAAAGUCAUGCUGAGCGUCUGGUGGGGAGUUCAUGCAAUCUACCGUUUCGAACUGCUGCAGGACAACAAGACAGUUACUGCCGAGGUCUAA